AUGGACUUGUUGUCCGGGACGUAUAUAUUUGCGGUCCUGUUAGCAUGCGUCGUGUUCCAGUCUGGCGCCCAGGAGAAGAACUACACCAUCCGCGAAGAAAUGCCAGAAAACGUCCUAAUAGGCGACUUGUUGAAAGACCUCAACUUGUCGCUUAUUCCAGACAAGUCCUUAACAUCUCCUAUGCAAUUCAAGCUUGUGUACAAGACCGGCGAUGUGCCACUGAUUCGGAUUGAAGAGGGUACUGGUGAGAUCUUCACUACUGGUGCUCGCAUUGAUCGUGAGAAAUUAUGUGCUGGUAUCAUGUUGGAUGCUCAUUGCUUUUACGAAGUGGAGGUUGCUGUUUUGCCGGAUGAAAUAUUUAGACUGGUUAAGAUACGCUUUCUGAUAGAAGACAUAAAUGAUAAUGCACCAUUAUUCCCGGCAACAGUUAUCAACAUAUCAAUUCCAGAAAACUCAGCUAUAAACUCUCGAUAUGCCCUCCCAGCAGCCAUUGAUCCUGACACAGGAAUAAAUGGGGUACAAAACUACCACCUAAUUAAGGGACAAAACAUUUUUGACCUUGAUAUCAUUGAAACACCAGAAGGAGACAAAAUGCCACAGCUGAUUGUUCAAAAGGAGUUGGAUAGGGAAGAAAAAGAUACCUAUGUGAUGAAAGUAAAGGUAGAAGAUGGUGGCUUUCCUCAAAGAUCUAGUACCGCUAUUUUGCAAGUAAGUGUUGGUGAUACAAAUGAUAACCGUCCAAUCUUCAAGGAACAGGAAAUUGAAGUCAGUAUUCCAGAAAAUGCUCCUGUUGGUUCUUCAGUAACACAACUUCAUGCCACAGAUGCCGAUAUUGGUGAAAAUGCCAGGAUUCAUUUUUAUUUUAGCAAUCUAGUCUCUAACCUUGCCAAGAGACUAUUUCACCUUAACACCACUACGGGACUUAUCACAGUCAAAGAACCACUGGAUAGGGAAGAAUCACAAAGCCACAAGUUACUGGUUUUGGCGAGUGAUGGUGGAUCAACACCAGCAAGUGCAAUGGUGCUGAUAAAUGUUACCGAUAUCAAUGAUAAUGUCCCUUCAAUCGACAUCAGAUACAUUGUCAAUCCAACCAAUGGCUCUGUGAUGCUUUCUGAAAAUGCUCCGCUCAAUACUAAAAUUGCUCUUAUAACUGUGACAGACAAGGAUGCUGACCACAAUGGUAGAGUGACAUGCUUCACAGAUCAUGAAGUUCCUUUCAGAUUGAGACCAGUAUUCAGUAAUCAGUUCCUGCUGGAGACUGCAGCAUAUCUUGACUAUGAGUCCACCAGAGAGUAUGCCAUUAAAUUAUUGGCUGCAGAUGCUGGCAAACCUCCUUUGAAUCAGUCAUCCAUGCUUCUCAUCAAAGUGAAAGAUGAAAAUGACAAUGCUCCGUUUUUCACACAGCCUUUCAUAAGUCUUUCUAUUCCUGAAAAUAACUCACCUGACACACAGUUGACAAAAAUAAGCGCAUCAGAUGCAGACAGUGGACGUAAUGCUGAGAUCACUUACCUGCUGGGCUCUGAUGCUCCACCUGAAUUCAACCUGGACCGUCGUACGGGCAUCCUGACUGCAGUGAAGAAACUAGACAGAGAAAAGCAGGAAAAAUACCAUUUCACAGUUCUGGCUAUUGAUAAUGGCAUACCACCAUUAAUGACCAAUGCCACAGUGUUUGUGACUGUUCUUGAUCAGAAUGAUAACAAUCCAAUUUUCACUCACAAUGAGUACAACUUCUACGUCCCAGAAAACCUUCCAAAACAUGGCACAGUUGGACUAAUUACUGUAACUGAUCCUGAUUAUGGAGAGAAUUCUGCAGUUAAUCUCUCUAUUUUAGAUGUGAAUGAUGAAUUUACCAUUGAUCCACAGACUGGUGUCAUCAGGCCAAAUAUUUCAUUUGAUAGAGAAAGACAAGAAUCUUACAUUUUCUAUGUCAAGGCUGAGGAUGGUGGGAGGGUAUCACGUUCUUCUACUGCUAAAGUGACCAUAAAUGUAGUUGAUGUCAAUGACAAUAAACCAGUUUUUGUCAUUCCUCCUUCCAAUUACUCCUUUGAAUUGGUUCUACCUUCUACUAGUCCAGGCACAGUAGUCUUCAAUGCCCUUGCAAUUGACAAUGACACUGGCAUGAAUGCAGAACUUCUUUAUAGCAUUACUGGGGGAAACACAAAAGGACUGUUUGUAAUUGACCAAGUAUCAGGCAAUAUCACCCUGAAGGAGAAAUGUGCUGUUGCAGACCUUGGCUUACAUAGACUGAUAGUUAGAGCUAUGGACUUGGGACAACCCGAUUCACUUUUUAGUUUUAUAGUUGUUAAUCUGUUUGUGAAUGAGACAGUGACCGAUGCUACCCUGGUUCGUGAAUUGGUGCGCAAAGGCUUUGAAACACCUGUGACCCAAAACAUUGAAACAGCUGAUGCAUCCUCACCAACCAGUGACUAUGUCAAGAUUAUGGUUGCCAUUGUUGCUGGCACCAUAACUGUCAUCCUGGUGAUUUUCAUCACUGCAGUAGUAAGGUGUCACCAAUCACCACAUCUUAAGGCUUCUCAGAAAAACAAGCAAAAUUCUGAAUGGGUUACUCCAAACCCAGAAAAUCGGCAGAUGAUAAUGAUGAAGAAAAAGAAGAAGAAGAAGAAGAAGAAGAAGAAGCAUGCCCCAAAAAACUUGCUGCUCAACUUCGUCACUAUUGAAGAAGCAAAGGCAGAUAAUGCUGAUAAUGAUGGAAACAGUGUCACACUAGACCUUCCCAUUGAACUGGAAGAGCAAACCAUGGGCAAAUACAACUGGGGCACUACACCCACUACCUUCAAGCCUGAAAGCCCUGAUUUGGCUCUGCACUACAAAUCUGCCUCUCCACAGCCAGCCUUCCAGAUCCAGCCUGAAACUCCUCUGAAUUCAAAGCACCACAUCAUCCAGGAACUGCCUCUAGAUAACACCUUUGUGGGCUAUGAUUCCAUCUCCAAGUGCUCUUCCAGCAGUUCUGAUCCCUACAGUGUUUCUGAAUGCAGCUAUCAAGUGACAACUUUCAAGACCCCAGUGUCUGUCCAUGCCAGACCGCAAAUGAAGGAGGUGGUAAGAUCUCGCACUCCCAUGAAAGAAUCAAUGACUGUGGAGAUUUGGACGCAUCCUCAACCACAGCAGAAAUCUGAGGGGAAAAAAGCAGGAAAGUCCCAGCGACGGGUUACAUUUCACCUACCAGAGGGCUCUCAGGAAAGCAGCAGUGAUGGAGGCCUGGGAGACCAUGAGCCAGGCAGCCUUUCCAGCACCUCUCAUGCUCUGCCUCUUGGCUAUCCUCAAGAAGAGUACUUCGAUCAUGCUGCACCGAUCAACCGCACUGAAGGAGAUGGCAACUCUGAUCCUGAAUCUGCUGUCAUUCCUGGACUAAAGAAAGCUGCAGAAAUAACAGUUCAACCAACUGUGGAAGAAGCCUCUGACAAAUGCACUCAAGAAUGUCUUAUCUUGGGCCACUCUGAUGCCUGCUGGAUGCCAGCUUCUCUAACUCAUUCCAGCCCGUCACAGAUGCAGGCCUCUUCUCUGUGCCACAGCCCAACCUUGACGCGGUCAUCACUUCACCGCCGAAGCCCUCCAGUGACACAGACCAUUGCUCUCUGCCACAGCUCUCCAGUGACACAUACUAUGGUACUGUGCCACAGCCCUCCACCAAUACAGGCUUCUGUUCUCCAGCACAGUCCAUCUCUAGUACAAGCUACUGCGCUAUGCCACAGCCCACCACCAACACAGGCCUCAGCCCUCAGCUAUAGCCCACCCCUUGCACAGGGUGCUGCAACCCAUCACAGCUCUCCCCUGCCACAGGCUGCUACCCUCCAUCACAACCAGGCACAGCCACCAAUGGGCUUACAACAAGGUUGGGUGCAAGGUGCUGGGGCUGAUGGACUGCAUUUCCUUGAUCAGGGAGGGCAAGGUAGUACAAGAGCUCAGUUUUACACCAUGUCUGAAAAACUUCACAAAAGUGAUGACUCAAUUAAAGUAAUUCCCUUGACCACCUUCACUUCAGGUCAGCAGGCCAGACACUCUAGAAGUGAUUCCCCCAUUAUGGAAGAACAUCCCUUGUAA